AUGAUAUCCCAUCCUCGGACAUCCUACCGCCUCGUCGCAAGGGCACUCCGUCCCUUCACACAACCACAACCACAAUACAUCCGCUCCUUCUCUCAAUCGUCUCGCGCCUUGAACAAAAUCGCCUUCCGCGUCGACGGCCAAGGCCGUGGCGUUGCGCAAAGCGUCAAAGUCAAAGGCAGCCCUCACUUCAUCGAAGUAGACGCCUACCCUUCCUUUGGCGGCAAAGAUGCCGCGCCCACUCCCCUCGCAUACGCACUGAGCAGUCUCGGCUCCUGCACGCAAGUGACCGGCUCGCUCGUCGCGAAAGAUCUCGGUAUUACCUUGGGCGACUGGAAGGUCACGGUGAAAGCCGAUCUGGAUCCUGCGGUUCUGGUUGAGGGGAAGGAAGGGAAUGCGAAUUGGGAUAAUGUGGAGUUGAAUGUGCAUGUGCAGACGGAUGCGAAGGAUGAUGCGCAGUUUGAGAAAUUUGCGAAUGAGACGGAGAGGAGAUGUCCGAUUACGCAGUUGUAUAAGAGGAGCGGGACGGGCUGGAAGAGUCAGUGGGUGAAUGAGAAAUUGUGA